UUCAGUGGGAGAUCUCUGAGUCUCUCUCAAUCCUGCUGUGUGACCCAAUCAGGAUAAAAUUCCCCUCUCCUCUUCCUUAGAGGAUGAUAAAAGCCAUAGACAGCAGCCAAAUAUUUGAGAAGAGGUUUGAAAGGAGGAUAUUUUCUUUCAGAAGAUGUUUUUGACUAUAUUCAUUCAUGUGCAUGAUGGAUAGAUUUUCCAAGUCUUUUUUUUUUUUUUUUGCAUAUACAGUAGCUGACCUCUUUUUCCCCGUUUUCCUUGUGCUCCAGGCUCUCCUGGCAACCCUGGAAUUCCGUCUGUUCCAUUAUACCCCGGCAUUCCGUCCACACCCGGCAAGCCUGGAAUUCCAUAAAGAGGGGAUGUGGAAUGACUCAAGGUCAUGCCGCAGAUGUCUCAUAUCUCCUAAAGUCUUUGAUGUCUUGAUGAAAAGAUGAUGCAGAGAUGAGUUUGGCACAGCUGAAGGUUUGCGUGUCUUGACAAUGUUUUGGAAACUGAUGCUGAAGGACACGAGGACACACGCAAGGUGAACUUCUCCAGCCCUGCGGAAUGAAGCAGGUGCAUCUUGGUGAGGCUGUUCUGGAGCUUCUGAUGCAAGGAGCCCAUAACAGCAGUUACGGUGCUCAAGACAAUGUGUGCGGAGCCAUGGCCACACUACUGCUGCUGUUACUCUGCCUGCUGCUGGCCAUCAGACACCAUUGGACAGAGAAAGACCAUGUGCCGGGUCCUUGUUUCUUGCUGGGUCUGGGUCCUCUUCUCUCUUACUGUCGGUUCAUCUGGUCUGGGAUCGGUACGGCAAGCAACUACUACAACAGCAAAUACGGAGACAUUGUGCGGGUUUGGAUCAAUGGUGAGGAAACUCUCAUCUUGAGCAGGUCAACUGCUGUGUAUCAUGUGUUGAGGAAAUCUCUGUACACCUCACGCUUUGGGAGCAAACUGGGUCUGCAGUGUAUCGGAAUGCAUGAACAGGGCAUUAUAUUCAACUCAAAUGUGGCACUCUGGAAGAAAGUCCGCUCCUUUUACGCUAAAGCUUUAACAGGUCCAGGACUUCAGAGAACAUUGGAGAUUUGCAUCACUUCCACAAACACACACCUGGAUAAUUUGUCACACCUGAUGGAUGCCCGGGGACAGGUGGACAUCCUCAACUUACUGCGGUGCAUUGUAGUGGACAUUUCCAACAGACUGUUUCUAGGAGUCCCUCUCAAUGAGCAUGAUCUGCUUCAGAAGAUUCAUAAAUAUUUUGACACCUGGCAGACGGUACUAAUCAAACCUGAUGUGUACUUCAGACUGGCCUGGUGGUUGCACAGGAAGCACAAGAGAGACGCUCAGGAGUUGCAGGAUGCUAUUGCAGCUCUGAUCGAACAGAAGAGAGUUCAGCUGACACGUGCAGAAAAAUUCGACCAGCUCGACUUCACAGCAGAGCUGAUAUUUGCUCAGAGCCACGGGGAGCUGAGCACUGAGAACGUCAGGCAGUGUGUGUUGGAGAUGAUAAUCGCAGCUCCAGACACUCUCUCUAUCAGUCUGUUCUUCAUGUUGCUGUUGCUCAAACAGAAUCCAGACGUCGAAUUAAAGAUCCUGCAGGAAAUGAACGCUGUCCUAGCGGGUCGGAGCCUGCAGCACUCACAUCUGUCCGGGUUCCACAUUCUGGAGAGUUUUAUCAACGAGUCGCUCCGGUUCCAUCCGGUCGUGGACUUCACCAUGCGCCGGGCGCUGGAUGAUGAUGUCAUCGAAGGCUACAAAGUGAAAAGAGGGACAAACAUCAUCCUGAACGUGGGUCGGAUGCACAGAUCGGAAUUCUUCCCCAAGCCGAAUGAGUUCAGUCUAGACAACUUCCAGAAAAACGUGCCGAGUCGUUUCUUCCAGCCGUUCGGAUCCGGCCCGCGGUCGUGUGUGGGGAAGCACAUGGCUAUGGUGAUGAUGAAGUCCAUUCUUGUGACGCUGCUGUCCCGUUUCUCUGUGUGUCCUGUGAAGGGCUGUACUGUAGACAGCAUCCCCCAAACGAACGACCUGUCCCAGCAGCCGGUGGAGGAGCCCUCGAGUCUCAGCGUGCAGCUCAUCCUCAGAAACGCUCUCUGAUUCACCUCCAAAAUACCUGCUGCUCUGUUACUGUUAACGUAUUUAUCUACUGCUUUUAGUAGUCAGAGAUAUUUGUGUUUAUAUUUCGGUUUGAAAUUACAUUUAUGUGUUUAGCAGAUGCUAAAGCGACUUACAGUGCAUUCAGGCUAUCAAUUUUUACCUAUCAUGUGUUCCCGGGGAAUCGAACCCCCAACCUAGCGCUUGAUAUCGCAAUGCUCUACCAAUUGAGCUACAGGAACACUAUGCAAUGGCUGAUAUAUGAUGAAUGUGGCUUUCUAUGAAUUACUGGUGUCUUCUACUGUUAAUAAAUGUCAAUAAACGUAUUCUCAAAUGGUGUAA